AUGCAAGUAGUAGCAAAAAUCCCUGUUGAAAUUAACAAGACCUUGGAUGAGAAUUAUAAGGUGAUCAAGGAUCAAUGCAAAAAUGAAAUGCUCAACUAGAUGAUUAAUAGUUUAUUAGAUCAAAAACAAGCACCUCAUAUUCGAUUACAAUUUCUGUACAAUAUUCGACAAUAAGAUUAGAAUAUAUAAUUAUCUGAUCUAUGCAUCAACCAACUUGAAUUGAACAUAGUCAAUAAUAUCAAAUAUUAUGGGUAAUCAUUAGAGCAAAUACUAAGAUACACAGAUUUAUUAAACUAGAAUAAAAUAGAGUUUUCUUGUGAAUUCAUGAGACCAAUUCCCAUCACAUUCAAUUCUUAAAGUUUCGAUUAUAUUCAAUUGGAUCUGACUCAUCAAACCAUUUGGGACUACUCCAUUACUCCUUUGAUGAGAUUUCGCCAUAUAUUGUAUUAAGCUUAAUGUACAAAACUGUAAUAGGGAGAUCAUCAACUGAUUCUGAGUCUAUUCAAACCAGAAUAUAAGAUUGAUUGGAAUCAAUUCAAACUUUUGGUUGAGUACAAUCCAUAAUUAGUGAGUGAUCUCAUAACAAAAUUAUAUCAAUUGGGAGUAAAUGCUAACGUAUAUUUGGACUGUUUAAUUUAGAUUAAGAUUAGUAUUCAGACUUUAGAAUUAGUGAACUAAUUAUCAAAGAGCAUAAGUCUACCAGACCAAUUCUUUAAUAUGUUCAUAAGGAAGUGCAUAGUAAAUUGUGAAGAAUACAAGAUCCCAUAACAAUUGACUAGAUAAGUGAGAUUAGUAUCAGUGUUUAUCCGUACAUUGAUUAAAUAAAAGACAUUUGAUCCAAAAAAGAUUUAUGUAGAAUUGCAAGGGUUUUGCUUAGAAUUUUCAUCCAUUCUAGAAGCAACUCAAUUAUUUAAGACUAUUAAGAAUGCAGUACAAGAAUAAUGA